UCUGUGGAUGUGGAGGGCUGACUUUAUAUCUUAGGCAAAUUUAAGAUUCAGUUUUUCUUUUUUUUUACAUUUAUGGUUACCUUAAAUUUUCCUAGAUGCAUUAAGACUCUAACACCAUGGUAGUCACUAUGGCAAUCUAUAGUGCUAGAUUCUUGAAGUGUGUACUUUGGGCUUUUAACUGCAGGUCGUUUCAGAACAUCACUCCCAGUGGAAAAGUGCCACCUAUUUUUUUUCUAGACAAUGCAGGGUUGCUAGAUUGAAAACUAAAGAGUUCUCCUGUACCUUUAAUGGUUGCGUAGAAGAGGGAGUUUCAAGAGGUGUUUGUCAUGAAAUUAGGUAACAAGCAAAUUCUGAAAUUCUUUCUUCUGCGCAACCAUUAAAAGUGUAGGAGCCAUCUCCAGUUUUCACACUGGCAGUCCUAAAACAAAUGUUAUUUCUAAGCUUGGUACUGUGGUUUUGUUGCCUGGACCUCUUAAAAAUCCUGUUCAUUUGAAUAGUUGAGUAAAAUUUGUCACAGCUUGCUCUGGAAAACUGAAUUAGGAUUGCUCCACAGGCUGCUUUCUUCUCUCCUGCCAGCCUUUCUUGUGAUAUUUGUGUAGAGAAGUGGAAGCUGAUUGUAAAGGCAAUUCAUUGCAUAAGUUGUACUACGCCUGGGUCAUGUCAUCUAUAUUGCCAUUUACCCCACCUGUUGUGAAGAGACUGUUAGGGUGGAAGAAGUCUGCUGGUGGUUCAGGAGGGGCUGGCGGAGGUGAACAGAACGGUCAGGAAGAAAAAUGGUGUGAGAAAGCAGUGAAAAGCUUGGUCAAGAAGUUGAAGAAGACAGGACAACUGGAUGAGCUUGAAAAAGCAAUCACCACUCAGAACUGCAAUACAAAAUGUGUUACAAUACCAAGCACUUGCUCUGAAAUUUGGGGACUGAGUACACCAAAUACGAUAGAUCAGUGGGAUACAACAGGCCUAUACAGCUUCUCUGAACAAACCAGGUCUCUUGAUGGCCGUCUGCAAGUAUCUCACCGCAAAGGAUUACCACAUGUUAUUUACUGCCGUUUGUGGCGCUGGCCUGACCUUCACAGUCAUCAUGAACUUAAGGCAAUUGAAAACUGUGAAUAUGCAUUUAAUCUUAAAAAGGAUGAAGUAUGUGUAAAUCCCUACCAUUAUCAGAGAGUGGAGACUCCAGUUCUGCCUCCUGUUCUGGUGCCCCGACAUACUGAGAUUCUGACUGAACUUCCGCCACUUGAUGAUUAUACUCAUUCCAUUCCCGAAAACACCAACUUUCCAGCAGGAAUUGAACCACAGAGCAAUUACAUACCAGAAACGCCUCCACCCGGCUACAUCAGUGAAGAUGGGGAAACAAGUGACCAGCAGUUGAACCAAAGUAUGGAUACAGGAUCCCCAGCAGAACUGUCUCCCAGUACACUCUCUCCUGUCAAUCACAGCUUAGACUUGCAGCCAGUUACCUAUUCAGAGCCUGCAUUUUGGUGUUCAAUAGCAUAUUAUGAAUUAAAUCAGAGAGUGGGAGAAACCUUCCAUGCGUCGCAGCCUUCACUUACUGUAGACGGCUUUACGGAUCCAUCAAAUUCUGAAAGAUUCUGCCUAGGUUUGCUCUCCAACGUUAAUAGAAAUGCCACUGUGGAAAUGACAAGACGGCACAUAGGAAGAGGAGUGCGUCUUUAUUACAUCGGUGGGGAAGUUUUUGCUGAGUGCCUAAGUGAUAGUGCAAUCUUUGUUCAGAGCCCCAAUUGUAAUCAGAGAUAUGGCUGGCAUCCUGCAACUGUAUGCAAAAUUCCACCAGGCUGCAACUUGAAGAUCUUUAAUAACCAGGAAUUUGCUGCUCUUCUAGCUCAGUCUGUUAAUCAGGGCUUUGAAGCAGUAUAUCAAUUAACUCGAAUGUGUACCAUAAGGAUGAGUUUCGUUAAAGGAUGGGGAGCUGAAUACAGGCGGCAGACUGUAACAAGCACUCCUUGUUGGAUUGAGCUUCACCUGAAUGGUCCUCUACAAUGGCUGGAUAAAGUAUUGACUCAGAUGGGCUCCCCAUCAGUGCGUUGCUCCAGCAUGUCGUAAAGCUCCUUCUCAUUGUCGGUGGGCUUAAAAUACGAAGUCCAGGCAACAGACUUAAACCUAACAGCUUGUCUGUCGUAGUAACUCGUGUGUGGUCUCCAUGAACUGUUUCCUAUCCAAAAAGUUCUGUGAGAGAAGAGAGAGAGUGUGUGUGAGAAAGAGAGAAAGCACUUGAGGGUCUCAUCAAUUUUAAAGCACCUUGUGGAUUUUGUUUCCUAUACUCUGAUACUAGAUGAGAUGUUAGUGUAUAGAAACACCUUCUUCUGAAGGAGGGAGGAACAUUUUAAAGACUUUAAUGGUGUUUUUAUUGGGUAUAUAUAAAUUGAGUGUCCUAAAGGUUUACCAAUAACAUGGACAGUUGGAUUAUUGUAUUACACCCUCCUCCCCUGCCAAUAUGGCACCGUUCUGCUGUCCUGGGUUUUAUUUCCAGUUGAUAGAUAUGCAGAACUCUUUGACUUAGGCAGUCAUCUCAUAAAAAAAGCCCAAGUUCUUGCUUCUCCAUAUUUUUUAUAUUUUUAUAUAUAAAUAUAUAUGCAGGCUUUCCGCUGCCCUAUAACAGACUUCUAUUGCAAAAAAUCUCCUGCCCCCUCCCCCCAGUACACACAUGAUUCCAAAUGUGCUAGGUUGCGCCUUAAAUCCCUUUAUGGAAAGGGAACACUACCUGGGUUUCAUCUUUUGAAAUCAUGGGUUGUUGAGCAUGCUUAAAUGGACUUGAAAUAAACGAUAUAAAUUGGAAUCUUUCCUUGGCCCAUACCACUACCAAAUCAUGGCUUGGAGAAGUUCUCCCCCCCCCCCCCUCCUUUUGCCCCAUCCAAGGUAAUGCAUCUGUUGCCGGCGAUGGGUGCUUCAGCACUCCUGAUCCUGAAAUCCACCUUUCACCUUUAUGUGUAAAGACAUGGGGAUUGAGGGAGGGAGCUACUCCCCAGCAAGGCAUCAGUGGAAAAGUGUAAUUUUAACAUUGCUUGUUCUUUUAAACACUCUUAAGUGAUCAGGAACAGGCUGCUUGUUGGUUUCAAGUCCUAGGACCUUGUCAUGCCACACAGUUCUAGCAGUAUGAUUUAGCACUUUAGCUGCCAGGGCUGCAUCCUAUGGAAUCCUGGUAUUUGUAGUGUGGGAAGGCACUAGAGCUCUGAAUGCCUUCCUUAAAAUGCAAAUACAUUGGAUGUUGCCAGGGCAGUUAAAAGUGAAACAUAGCACUACAAUUGUGUAGUGUUAAAGGGCCCCAUGUGGCUCAGGCCCCUUUUCUCCUCAGACACAAAUGUCUACCUUUGUCAUGGCAAAGGUUGUACUGCCAGUAUUCCCUGUGGUGCCAGAGUUCCUUUUUAACCCUGAUUUCAAACUCAGAUCAGAGGUUUGAACAGCCCUACACAUUGCUAACAGUGCUGCCGUUGUGAUCCUUAACUGAAGAGAAGGGAGGAUUCACACCUGUAUGGAAGAAAGAGUGGGUGCCUGCCUCCAUUAUUUUUAACUCAGUGCCAGCCCUUUAUCUGAAGUGCCACAUAAUGUUAACAGUGGAUCUGCAACACAUGCAUGAGUCCGUCGAAAAUUUUUUAGGUAUAUACAUUUGAAAAUUAUCCCCCUGUCCUGUCCCGUCCCGUGAACCCCCCCCCCCCCCGGCCCCGCCCAGGUUAGGUGAAACAACUGUAAAACAUUGGAAAUUUUUUUGUGUCUUGAAACCUUCAUUCUGUAGCAGGGAUGUGUAUAUGGAAUGCUGAAGUCUGGCUAAACCUGACUCUCUUUUGCUUAAUAGCUUUUCUUAAAGAUUGCCAGGAUGCAAUCUUGAGGCUUGUUUGCUUAGCACUGAUGAACUGAGAGGCCAAGCAAAGUCUCUUGCAAUUCCUUUCAUUCCAUUCCCUGUUUCCUUGAUCCACUGUUACCUACUGUAGCAGGACUCUAGGUAUGCUGGAGAGCAGUUUGGGAUGGAUUAAAAUUAUCUUUUAAAGAUUGAAAGAAGCUUGUGUCAUGUUUAUCUCCCGUUUCCCAUCAUUUGAUGUUCAGUGGAGAGAUACAUGCUUGUCAAGCUAUAAUUCAGAAGUCCUAAAAGUACCCCUCCCCAUGGACAUUGAAAUACAACUUCUAGAAGGGUUUAAAUAUAGAAAAUUGUAAUUUAAUUGAAAGCUUAUAUGGCUGGUUGGGUCAGCUUUACAUGGCUUAGACUUGAGCAUCCAUCCAUCACAGAUGGGACAGAUCUUACAGCAGGGUUGUUUCCAGAGUCUAUCUAGCCUGUGUAUAACCAGCAAAAGGAAAUCUCUUAGUACAUGUUAUUGUGAACCCUGGGACACUACAUUUGGACCUUGCUUUCAAACAUAUUUUGAAUUAUAUUCUACACAUAAGUCAGGGUUGGGUAAGGGUUGGGAAACUGUAUAGAAGGGUUCUUCUGACUUGAAAAGUAUACAUCUUACUAACAAUCUUGUAAUCUAGCUGUCUGUCAUUCUCUUGAUGUUGUGGCAGUAGCAGGAUUGCGUUUUGUCUGUUUUCUUUCCUUCUCUUCCUCCUCCACCAAUGGUUCGUUUUCACCAGUACUGUACUUUGUAAGUACACCUAAUGACAACUUCAGCUUUGAGAACAAACGUGGCCAGUGUUAAGCUUUGUAAUCAGCUGAUUGAAAUGAUGAUAAUGAUGGAUAUUUUUAUGCCAUAAAAAUAAGGCAUAGGAGCAAUACCAAAAAUCAAGCCUGAGGGUGGGGGUAGGGGAACAAAGUGGGUCAGGCAGUUUAAAAGAAUUGGAAAAGCAGUUACCAAUUUGUGUAGUUUUACCAGUAGCCUAAUGUAUUGGUAGAACUUGUGAACCUAAGAGAUAAGCUUUCAUGCGUGUUGCAUUUGCCUAAUAUGUGAAUACACUAAUAAAGUUUUAAUUC